GAACAAUGUUAGCGUGCAUUGCAAGCACCCGGUCAGUCCACGCACAUCAUCACAUGGUGGGUCUGACGACAUCAGGCAGGCUAUGGUACAAUGGUGGAUACACAUCCCUUCCCACUCCUCUCCUGCGCCACCACAUGCUAGCAAACCAAACUGACCUAUCUUAUCUGGCACACACAGCUGCGUCUGACUCGUCAUGCACCAUCCCAUCCCUGCACGCAGCAACCCUUCAAUCCAUCCACAAAUCUGUCUGCCCGCCCCCUCAAGCCACAAGUCGCUUCCUCAGCUGCUUCACUUCGGCAUCGGCCCGUUCCACUCUUGCCACCUUCUCCUUAACCGUCGUGCUGUUGUCGCUGAGAAUCUCCUCCCUCAUGUGAUCCCAGGCGCCCUCGUCCAGCUCAGCUAUCAGCCGCACCACGCCCUUCAGUCGCUUCAGCUCGGCUUUGUCCGCCACAUCAUGGGUCUUGAUGGUGUCGAUCUCCUUCCCGAGCAAAAACGCUUCGCGUGAGGUUCCGAUGAAGCAUCCAAACAGGAUGGCCCACAAGAAGACCACGAGGCAGACGGCCCCACAAGCGCACGGCAUGAUGGCGUAAUCAAUCUCCGCUACCCUGGUCUUGAGAGUCUGCAGCUCCGCAUGGGUGUCAGCCGGCGGGGCGGUCGGGGCCGAAAGCUCUUGGUACGCACCCAUCGAACGAUGAUCUCUCUUGAUCUCUCUCACUGGGGCACCUGCACCGCUGGGAACAUGGCAAUGAUGAGAGAUUUAGCGAGAGAGGUUUGAGGUUUGGCUGUCGCUGCAGCAAUGCAGAUCUCUCAGCGCUCGGCUCUCACCUUUCCUUCUCCUUUC